AUGGUCGGAAUGUACUCCUGGCUGCUCUUUGGGGCCGAUUUGAGCAUAUACCACUACCACAACCACUACCGCUACCACAACCACUACCGCUUCAUCUACCGCUACCGCUACAACUAUCACUACCACUCCGUCUCCAACUACCGCUACCGCUACAAAUACCAUUAUAGCUCCCGAAACAACUACAACUACAACUACCGCUACCGCUACAAAUACCACUACCACUACCGCGACCGCUUCCACUACUACUACCGCUACAAACACCUCUACCACUACAACUACCACUACCACUACCAUUACCGCUACCACUACCACUAUAACUCCUUCAACUACCACUACCCCUACAACUACAACUACAACUACCACUUCCGCUACAACAACCAAUACAACUACCGCUACAACUACUCCUACCACUACAGCUACCACGACCACUACCGCUACAACGACAACUACAACUUCCACUACCGCUGCAACUACUACUAUCACUACCGCUACAACUACCACUUCCACUACCGCGACAACUACCACUGCUACUACCGCUACAACUACCACUAUCAUUACUGCUACAACCACCACUAUCACUACCGCUACAACUACCACUAUCGCUACCGCUACAACUACCACUGCCACAACUACCACUGCCACUACCGCUACUGCUUCAACUACCACUAUAACUACCGCUACAACUACCACUAUCACUACCGCUACAACUACCACUAUAACUACCGCUGCAACUGCCACUAUCACUACCACUACAACUGCCACUUCCACUACCGCUACAACUACCACUAUCACUACCGCUACAACUACCACUAUCGCUACCGCUACAACUACCACUGCCACUACCGCUACUGCUUCAACUACCACUAUAACUACCGCUACAACUACCACUAUCACUACCGCUACAACUACCACUAUAACUACCGCUGCAACUGCCACUAUCACUACCACUACAACUGCCACUUCCACUACCGCUACAACGACCACUGCCACUACGGCUACAACUACCACUAUCACUUCCGCAACCACUAUCACUACCGCUAA